AUGUGUUGUUUGUGUGUGCAGGUGAAUCUGAGUCCUGGUCACAUGUUUGAUAAGGACGUUGAGUUGUUUGUGUACUAUCAGGAUACCCAUCAGCCCUCUGCUAUAGUGGAGGCAGGAGUGGCCACUGCUCCACCAGGUUCUCUGAUGAGGGACCCAGUGGUCAUGAUAAGUUUGUACCCAGAGUUCCCAGAAGAAUUGAUGAAAUCACUGGCAACUCAAGGCGAGUUUGUUUUUGUGAUUGACAGAUCCGGCAGUAUGGGAGUCAUGAUGAAUCAAGGGAAAGGAGCACAAAUGCGCAUAGAAAGUGCAAAGGACACUCUGCUGUUACUGUUGAAGAGUCUGCCCAUGGGAUGCUACUUCAAUAUCUAUGGAUUUGGCUCUAAUUUUGAGUCCUUCUUCCCUCAGAGUGUUGAGUACAAUCAGGACACAAUGGAUCAGGCUCUGAAGAGAGUGAAGGAAAUUAAAGCAGACAUGGGCGGCACAGAGAUAUUACAGCCUCUAAAACACAUUUACAGUCAGCCCUGUUACCCCGAUCACCCCAGACAGCUGUUCGUCUUCACUGAUGGAGAGGCGGUAGACACUAAAGAGGUGCUGGAUCUGGUGAAAAGUCACGCUCACUCUCACAGGUGUUUCUCAUUGGGGAUUGGUGAGGGUGCGAGUGCCGCCCUCAUCACAGGAAUGGCCAGGGAGGGAUCUGGUCACGCUCAGUUCAUCACAGACACCGACCGCAUGCAGCCCAAAGUGAUGCAGUCGCUCAGGUUUGCGCUGCAGCCCGCUGUGCUUAAUAUCUCUGUGGAUUGGACCCUUCCAGAUGAUGUUACUGUUGACACACUGUCUCCACCCAUCAAUGUACUCUUCCAGGGUCAAAGGACACUCAUUUAUGCCCAACUUAAAGGAGAAAGUUCAGGAGGCUCUGAGGGAACAGUGACAGUCAAAUACAGUCUUAAAGAUCAACCAGUAACAAACCAGCUCCACUUCUGCCUCAAACCAACAGAGGAAACACAGUUGUCUAUUCACCGGCUGGUGGCUCGGACACUGAUCCGUUCUCUGGAGCAGAAGGAGAGGUCAGGUGCUGCAGAUGUUGAGGGCAUCAGGAGCAGGAUGGUGGAGCUCAGUGUUCAGGCAGGAGUGAGCUGUGUUCAUACAGCCUUCAUUGCUGUGAAUAAAGACAGCAGACAGACUGUGAAAGGACCCCUGCUGAAGAGAAGAGUGCCAACAUACGAUUCCCUGAUGGAAGCAAAUUGUGAUUUACUUCUAAAAUGUUCCCUGGCAGCAUAUGCAUUUGCAGAGAUCCAGAAUUUAUUCCGCCGUCGUUCUAAGAAGCCUGUGUUCUGUUCCAUGUCUGCUCCCAUAGAGAAACAAACUCAUCUACAUCUUGAACAGGCUGAGGCUGCUCCUGAGCUCCAGAAGGACCCGUCACUGCAGCUGGUUUCUCUCCAAAAGGCGUCAGGCUGCUGGGAUCUGGACGCCACACUGGCUGAUGUGUUUGGGAAGACGGAGGAUGAGCUGACCAAUCAGAAACCAGCACAGGUGGAUGGGUCAGUAUGGGCCACUCUCCUGGCUCUGAUCUGGUUAUACGGCUGUAAAAUAGAGCAGCAGGUGGAGUGGCAGUUUGUGGCCAUGAAGGCAGCGUCAUGGAUCGGCUCUCAGAAAGUGGGAGAUCUGUCUCAGUGUGUGUGUGUGGGGAAUGUCCUGCUCGGAUGUCAGGUGACCAAAGAGACUCUGGGAAUCUGAAGAUGUCAGUGUUUCUACAUCCUGAUCCGUCAGAAGGCCAAAGAACAGAUACGGUUUCAUUUAUCGUUAAUCCGUUACUUGUUUCAUAACAUUUAGUCAAUUUUUAGUUGCUCAAAUCUACAG